UUCCGGGUUCACCAGCGUUUGCUUUGAGGUCGGGGUGCCGCCGACUGUCGGCGGGGGCGGUGCGCCGGGGUGGCGCCUGACCCCAGCGGCUGUCCUGCGGGCCGCGCGCCCUCUAACUUGCUGCCGAAACACUCCCAGGCCCCAUCGAGUUCAGAAAUGUCCAGAAAUGACAAAGAACCGUUUUUGGUGAAGUUCUUAAAGUCUUCAGACAAUUCCGAAUGUUUUUUUAAAGCUCUUGAGUCAAUAAAAGAAUUUCAGUCAGAAGAGUAUCUUCAGGUUAUUACAGAAGAAGAGGCAUUGAAGAUAAAGGAGAAUGAUAGAUCACUUUAUAUUUGUGACCCUUUUAGUGGCAUUGUCUUUGAUCACCUCAGAAAGCUUGGCUGCAGAAUUGUUGGCCCUCAAGUAGUCAUAUUUUGUAUGCAACACCAGCGAUGUGUCCCAAGAGCUGAACAUCCGGUUUAUAAUAUGGUUAUGUCUGAUGUAACCAUAUCUUGUACAAGUCUGGAAAAAGAAAAAAGGGAAGAAGUUCAUAAAUAUGUGCAAAUGAUGGGUGGUCGAGUAUACAGAGACCUUAAUGUAUCAGUCACUCACCUUAUUGCAGGAGAAGUUGGUAGCAAAAAGUAUUUAGUUGCCGCAAACCUAAAGAAACCUAUUUUGCUUCCCUCUUGGAUAGAAACACUUUGGGAGAAGUCACAAGAGAAAAAAAUAGCUAGAUAUACUGAUAUAAACACAGAAGACUUCAAAUGUCCUGUUUUUCUUGGUUGUAUAAUCUGUGUGACUGGCUUGUAUGGCUUGGAAAGGAAGACAGUUCAGGAGCUCACAGUUAAGCAUGGAGGUCAAUACAUGGGACAGUUGAAAAUGAAUGAAUGUACACACCUCAUUGUGCAAGAACCAAAAGGUCAGAAAUAUGAAUGUGCCAAGAGAUGGAAUGUACACUGUGUGACCACACAGUGGUUUUUUGACAGUGUUGAGAAGGGUUUUUGUCAGGAUGAAUCCAUAUACAAGACCGAGCCAAGACCAACAACCAAGACUAUGCCUGAUACUUCAACUCCUACUGGACUCACCAACAUGAUUGAUAGUCGUACUCUCACAGAUGUCAGCCAUAUUUCUAACAUAAAUGCAAGUUGCGUAAGUGAAACAAUAUGUAAUUCGGUUAAUAGCAAAUUGGAGCCUACACCUGAAAAUCUAGAAAAUCUGGACGUCAGUGCAUUCCAAGCACCUGAAGAUUUAUUAGAUGGUUGUCGGAUAUAUCUUUGUGGUUUUAGUGGCCGAAAGCUUGAUAAACUGAGAAGGCUGAUUAAUAGUGGAGGUGGAGUUCGUUUUAAUCAACUUAAUGAAGAUGUAACUCAUGUUAUUGUGGGAGAUUAUGAUGACGAAUUGAAGCAGUUUUGGAAUAAAUCAGCCCACAGGCCUCAUGUAGUGGGAGCAAAGUGGUUGCUAGAGUGUUUUAGUAAAGGUUAUAUGCUUCCUGAAGAACCGUAUAUCCACGCUAGUUACCAGUCAGUGGAAAUUCCAGUUUCAGAUCAACCUGAAAGUAAAGUAGCAGUUUUAAAGAGAAAGAACAACAGCUUCUCUAAGAAAGACUUCGCUCCUGAUGAAAAACAGGAGCAAGCUGAUGAAGACCUGCUCUCUCAGUAUGUGAAUAACAGCUCCCCAGGAGUUGAAGCUGAGAAGUCUGCAGUUGGGGCCUUUGAUGAUUCUACUCAUGUUGAGCCCUUUAAUGGUUCUACUCACAUUUCUUUACAAGAAGAAAACCAGUCUUCUGUCAGUCAUUGUCUCCCUGAUGUUUCUACAAUUACCGAAGAAGGCUUAUUUAGCCAAAAAAGUUUCCUUAUUUUGGGUUUUACUAAUGAAAAUAAAUCUAAUAUUAUAAGUGUCAUAAAACAGCAUGCUGGAAAAAUCAUAUCCCUUCCGAGCAGAUCUGUUGCUGAUUAUGCUGUGGUUCCCCUGCUGGGGUACGAAGUAGAAGCAACUGUGGGAGAAGUUGUUACAAACACAUGGCUGGUUACUUGUAUAGACUAUCAGACUUUAAUGGAUCCAAAGUCAAAUCCUCUCUUCAAACCAGUCUCAGUAAUGACAGGAAUGACUCCUUUAGAAGAUUGUGUUAUUUCCUUCAGCCAGUGCGCUGGAGCAGAAAAAGAGUCUUUGACAUUCUUAGCAAAUCUCCUUGGAGCAAGUGUUCAAGAAUUCUUUGUCCGAAAAGUCAAUACAAAAAAAGGAAUGUUUGCCAGUACACAUCUUGUAUUGAAAGAGCCAUGUGGUUCUAAAUACGAAGCUUCAAAGAAGUGGAAUUUACCUGCAGUCACUAUAGCUUGGCUGUUGGAGACUGCUAAAAUGGGAAAGAAAGCAGAUGAAAGCCAAUUUCUGAUUGAAAAUUCACCUAAAAAAGAACAAAGUUUGGAAACUGAAAUAGAAAAUGGGAUGAAUUUAAAUCCAGAUAUUCCAGAGAAUCCUGGUGUACACCUGGAAACUCAGAGAAAAACGGCUGUUACACCAUUAGAUAUGAACCGCUUUCAGAGUAAAGCUUUUCAUGCUGUGGUCUCACAACAUGCCAAACAGGUUUCAGCUUCCCCAGCAGUAGGACAGCCACUUCAGAAAGAGCCUUCAUUACACCUGGAUACACCAUCAAAAUUUCUGUCCAAGGAUAAGCUCUUCAAGCCUUCUUUUGAUGUGAAGGAUGCACUUGCAGCCUUGGAAACCCCAAGAGGUCCUCGCCAGCAGAAAAGGAAACUCAGUACCCCCCUCUCAGAAGUCAUUAUCCAAAACUUGAAGCUUGCUUUGGCAAAUAGCUCUCGAAAUGCUGUUGCUGUUUCUGCUAGCCCUCAACUGAAGGAUGCCCAGUCAGAGAAGGAAGAAGCUCCAAAGCCACUCCAGAAGGUAGUGGUAUGUGUUAGUAAGAAACUCAGUAAGAAGCAGAGUGAACUAAAUGAGAUUGCAGCCUCCCUGGGAGCAGAUUACAGGUGGAGUUUUGAUGAAACAGUGACUCAUUUCAUCUAUCAAGGGCGGCCGAAUGACACUAAUCGAGAAUAUAAAUCUGUAAAAGAAAAAGGAAUACACAUUGUUUCAGAACACUGGCUUUUAGAUUGUGCCCAAGAAUAUAAGCAUCUUCCUGAAUCUCUUUAUCCACUUACUUAUAAUCCCAAAAUGAGCUUGGAUAUCAGUGCAGUGCAAGAUGGCAGAGUCUGUAAUAAUCAACAGCUCCCAGCAGUCUCUACAGCAAAAGAUGAUGAGCCUUUAGAAGAAAAUGAUGUAGGGAACAUAACAACCGAUACUAAAGAAUCAGCAGCACCACCUGGAAAUGGAGGGAAUGACUGUAAAGGAGCUCUGACACAGACAUUGGAGAUGAGAGAGAACUUUCAAAAGCAGUUGCAGGAGAUCAUGUCUGCAACAUCACUAGUGAAGCCCCAAGGGCAAAGGACUUCUCUUUCAAGGAGUGGUUGUAACAGUGUUUCUUCAACUCCUGACAGCACUCGUUCUGCUCGAAGUGGGCGAAGCAGAGUCCUGGAGGCACUGAGGCAGUCUCGUCAAAUGGUACCUGAUGUCAACACAGAGCCGUCCCAAAAUGAACAGAUAAUUUGGGAUGACCCUACAGCAAGGGAGGAGAGAGCAAGGCUUGCAAGCAAUUUGCAGUGGCCUAGUUGCCCCACACAAUACUCUGAGCUUCAAGUUGAUGUUAAAAAAUUAGAAGAUUCUGCUUUCCAAGAGCCUUUAUGUGAUUUGGAAAUUGCCGAACAGGCUGUCUGUGACCCUGGAAACACAUGUGUGACUGAAGCCCCAAAACACCCGACCUCUGAAGAGCUGGAAAUGCCAAUAAAAGACAGCCACCUUAUCCCAACUCCUCAAGCCCCCAGUAUUGCCUUCCCUCUCGCCAACCCACCUGUGGCUCCACAACCUAAAGAAAAGAUUAUAGCAAUAGAGGAGACACAUGAAGAAUUAAAGAAACAGUACAUAUUUCAGUUGUCAUCUCUGAAUCCUCAAGAACGUAUUGAUUAUUGUCAUUUGAUUGAAAAACUAGGUGGAUCAGUGAUAGAAAAGCAGUCUUUUGAUCCCAAUUGUACACACAUUGUUGUGGGACAUCCUCUUCGAAAUGAGAAGUACUUGGCCUCAGUGGCUGCUGGGAAAUGGGUGCUCCACCGCUCCUACCUUGAAGCAUGCAGAACUGCUGGCCACUUUGUGCAGGAAGAAGACUAUGAAUGGGGAAGUAGUUCCAUACUUGAUGCUUUGACUGGAAUCAACGUACAGCAAAGAAGACUAGCACUUGCAGCAAUGAGAUGGAGGAAAAAAUUACAGCAAAGACAAGAAUCAGGCAUUGUUGAGGGGGCGUUUAGUGGUUGGAAGAUUAUUUUACAUGUUGAUCGGUCUCGAGAAGCAGGGUUCAAACGCCUUCUUCAGUCAGGAGGAGCAAAGGUGCUACCUGGCCAUUCUGUAUCUUUAUUUAAAGAGGCCACACAUCUUUUUUCUGACUUUAAUAAGCUGAAACCAGAUGACUCAGGAGUUAACAUAGCAGAAGCUGCUGCUCAGAAUGUAUAUUGUUUAAAAACAGAAUACAUUGCUGAUUAUCUCAUGCAGGAAUCCCCUCCUCCCAUAGAAAAUUACUGUCUACCAGAAGCUGUUUCAUUUCUUCCGAAUAAUAAGGAAACCGAGCCUGGGUUAUCUCAAAAGAGGAAAGCUCCUACAGAGAAAAAUAAAAUGAAACGGCCUAGAGUACACUGAUUGACUAAUAUGCUGAUCAUAUCUACUCAUUACCACAUAUUGAAAAUUUAAAGCCUGAAUGUUACUGUGAUGGAUUUGUGUAGUAAUUUAAAGAUGAGUACCUGAAAAUUUUUGCUUCGGAGUGUAAUGAUGCUCCUACUUGAGUUUUGAACACCUGAAAUUUUAAUCACUGAAAUAUUAAUAAAAAGUUACCUAAAAAACAAC